AAUUUUCAAAUAUUUCUUUUUCUAUCAAUAAACAAUGUCUUGUCACCCACCCAAGUAACUCACAGCCCUCUGCUUGUUCCGGCUCAGCUACACUUGUUCACCUUCGCCUUCUCUUCACCAUCGUGUAAGAUCGCUCCUUUCUGUUGUUUUUUUUUUCCUUUUUCCGAUUUGGUUUUUUUCUUACCCUCUCGUCUUAACAUGUCCAUGUCUUGGUGCAACUUCAAUUCAAGGCCUCCCUAACGCUGCUAAGUGAAAUUUGAUUCCCAAUUCCAAUCAGUGAUGACUCUUAUAAUCAGAUACCAAAGCUAAAAGAUCAACGUCAAGUUUCUCUUUGACUGUAGAUGACUUGAACCCCAGAGUUUCUAGGGUUUUUGCGUCUUUGUAGCUCUUAGCUUUAGGGUUUUUGGGAUUUGCUUCAAUUAUUUUCAAGCAUUUGUGUUGUUUGCCUCACCUGGGUUUGUUGAUAGAUGGACGAGUAUAGUCAAAUGAAUGAGAACACAACUCCAAGGGGAAAUUUCUUGUAUGCUCCAACAGUCCUUGCACCUAAUUCUUCUCCCUAUGGGAGAACAAGUAGUGGCUCAAACGUGAGCAAUCAGCAGACCCAGAUGCCUUUAAGUUCUUUCCAUCUUCAAUCAAGUGAAUGUUUCCAACCUGAAGCACAUCCUAUAGUGAAGACAGAAGCCAGCACUUCCCAACAUGCUCCAAAAUUUGAUCACUACCCUUUAUUGAGAGCGCAUCAAGCACUUAAUCAACAGCAAGGGAAUGAAAGCUCCAGUGAAGUGGAAGCAAUCAAAGCCAAGAUCAUAGCCCACCCUCAGUACUCUAACCUCUUAGAAGCCUAUAUGGACUGCCAAAAGGUGGGAGCUCCGCCUGAAGUAGCAGGUCGGCUUGCAGCUGCUCGCCUGGAGUUCCACACAAAGCAACGAUCUUCAGUCAGUUCCAGGGACACCUCGAAGGACCCAGAACUAGAUCAGUUUAUGGAGGCUUACUGCGACAUGCUGGUGAAGUACCGCGAAGAGCUUACAAGACCCAUUCAAGAAGCCAUGGAUUUCAUGCGAAGAAUCGAAACUCAGCUAAAUAUGAUCUGCAAUGGUCCCUUGCGAAUCUUCAACUCUGAUGAGAAGUCUGAGGGUAUUGGGUCGUCUGAGGAGGAUCAGGAAAACAGUGGUGGGGAAACAGAAUUACCAGAGAUAGAUCCAAGGGCUGAGGACAGAGAACUAAAGAACCACUUAUUGAGGAAAUACAGCGGUUAUUUAAGCAGUCUUAAGCAGGAACUUUCUAAGAAGAAGAAGAAAGGAAAGCUACCCAAAGAAGCUAGGCAGAAGCUACUUAGCUGGUGGGAGUUGCACUAUAAAUGGCCAUAUCCUUCGGAGACAGAGAAGGUGGCCUUAGCUGAAUCAACGGGUUUAGACCAGAAGCAAAUAAAUAACUGGUUCAUAAAUCAGAGGAAACGGCAUUGGAAGCCAUCUGAAGAUAUGCAAUUCAUGGUGAUGGAUGGUCUACAUCCACAGAAUGCAGCUUUCUACAUGGAUGGUCACUACAUGGGUGAUGGUCCUUAUCGCCUAGGGCCAUAAGCAUACUAGAGUCUAGUGUUAGUUUCUCAUUCUCUGGCCGAGCAUGAAAACUGUAUUCAUGCCAAUGUUUGUAUUUUUAUUGAGAAGCUUAGCUAAUGCUCUAGUCUACAAACGAAAACCAUAGUAUUUUUCCUUUCUUUACAAGAAAUGUCAUCACUACAAUCUUGUGCAUCAUUGCCCGUAUGGUGGUCAUCUUCUUCUCUCUUUGAUAAUGUAUAUUGGAUGGAAGUUAUGGUUUGCAGCUUUGCCUUGUCUGAAAGUGUGUAUAAAGAGGAAAGAGUUAGGGCAUGAGUGGUUUGUAAUAUUUUUGAGAAUGUGAGUGUGUGUUUGGGUUUCUGUAAGGACAAUUACUUGCUUUUAAGCGUAUGUAACGUGAGAAGAAAUUAAUGUAAGAAUGAGCACUUCGUAAUA